AUGGCAAUGGACGAAGGCGAUCGAUAUCCAUUGGCAGUUGCUGCGAUUACCGAAGAUACGUAUAUGGAUGACGUGAUCACGGGCUGCGAUACUCUGGAGGAGGCCAAGAAGCUGCAGAUUCAGCUAGAAGGAAUGACGAGCAGCGGUGGUUUUCGGCUCAGAAAAUGGGCAUCCAACUGUGCAGAAGUCUUGUACGGAAUUCCCGAAGAGAAUCUUGCGAUCCGUGCAUCCGAAGGAAUCAAUCUCGAUCCAGACCCUUCCGUCAAGUUUGAAAUUCCGCCGAUCAAUCCAGACGAAGUACUCACCAAACGUCAGGUCCUCUCGAUCAUCGCCACCUUGUUUGAUCCGUUGGGAUUCAUCGGUACCACUAUUACAGCUGCUAAGGUCUUCAUGCAGCUUUUGUGGACUUUGGAGGAUGAAGACGGCAAGAGGAUAAAUUGGGAUAAGCCGAUACCUUCGACGGUGGAUCGUUGUGUGAUCAUUCCUCAAGCCAUGGAGAUCGAGAUUCACUGCUUCUCGGAUGCGUCGAUGAAGGCAUACGGUGGAUGUCUAUAUAUUCGAAGCCAGGAUCAGGAUGGAAAUGUCAAGGUUCAACUACUCACUUCUAAAUCCAAGGUUGCUCCUCUGAAAUCCCAAUCAAUUCCUCGAUUGGAGCUUUGUGGUGCACUGGUAGCUGCACAAGUUCUCGAGAAGGUUCUACAGGCUACCAAACUUACUGUUCGCACGACGUUUUGGGUAGAUUCAACGUGUGCUCUUCGCUGGAUACAGGCUUCUCCGUCUACUUGGUCUGUAUUCGUCGCAAACAGAGUAGCGAAAAUCCAGGCGAUUACGGAAGGUUGCGAAUGGAGGCACAUUGCGGGUGCUGACAAUCCGGCAGAUUUGGUUUCGAGGGGAAUCGGACCGAAAGAGAUACUCAACAACAAUUUUUGGUGGCAUGGGCCGAGCUGGCUAGCUCAGGAUCGAAACACUUGGCCAAUCUCAGUGAACCUUCUGUCUGAGGGGGUGUUCGAAGAGGAAAAAAGACGAACGGCAGUUGUCACCUCAGCUUCAGCGGUUGAAGAGUUCAACGAAUGGUUCAUUUCCAAGUCAACUUCCUACACAGUACUGGUUCGGUGCAUCGCCAUAUGGUUGCGAUUGAUGCGGUCACUUCGAAACUCAAGGGAAAAUCGAUCGACUGGAUUCCUGUCGUCAGACGAGUUACGCAAGGCGGAGUUCGUUCUCAUUCGGAAGGUCCAGAAAGAAGCGUUUCCAGAAGAGCUGAAGGCUGUUAGGAGGAAUGAGCCUGUAUCCAGAAGGUCACCCUUGCGCUGGUUCCUGCAAGCACUCCGACGUUUCAUCGCACGUAGAGGAAGGUGUACCGAUUUGUAUUCGGACAACGGCACUAAUUUCGUUGGAGCCCGAAACCAGCUGCAGGAACUGUUUACAUUAUGGAAGGAGAGACAACAUCGAGAUCAGGUGUCUAGGUUCUGCGCUGAUGAAGGGAUCGAAUGGCACUUCAACCCUCCCAGCGCACCCCACUUCGGAGGACUGUGGGAAGCAGCGGUUCGAUCGGCCAAACACCAUAUACUACGGGUCAUUGGUUAUAACCCAGUUACACUGGAAGAUAUGAACACGCUGCUGGUUCAGCUCAUUUCUUGGUUGGAACCUCUCAACAAUCUUUUCCCGAAGAAGAUCUGCGAACGGUGCCAACAAAUCGACUGA